UAUAAAAGCUGGACACGACUGAGAGAUGUCAUCAUUCGUACUCACGAGGCGAAACAGAAAUCAGUGAAUUUUCUCGUCGUGAAAUCAACGUACCGACUCUUCCUAGAACCAUGUCUCGCGCUAUCGUUCUUUUCUUGGUCGUCGUGGCUGUUGCUUACACAGCUGCGUUUCCUGAGGGACAAGAAGCCUCUCAAGAGUGCGGUCCCAAUGAAGUUUUCAACGCUUGCGGAUCGGCAUGCGUGGACACGUGUGAACGACGGGCGACGCCAGUCUGUACGAUGAAUUGCGUGGUUGGCUGCCAAUGCAUGGACGGAUACGUGAGGAACAAGGAGAACAAGUGCGUCCUCACUCGCGACUGUUAAUCCCUGUGGAGCUGCGAUUAACGUGGGAGUUUUAAUUUAAGUCCAAUUAGCGACUGUUGCGCGCGGUAGAACUGAGUUCGAUCCUGCGUAACUUAUACUUAAUCCUUAGUGGUGCCGACUAAAUGAUUUUAUUCCGCUGUUGAAUAACGAAUCCUGUAUCGCUUACUUUUGUCAAGCCUGUGUAUUGAUGUAUUUGAUACGAAAGGUUGUGUUAGAAUUGAGUUAUAUAUUUUUGCUAUAAAAUUAAACUUAUUCAACCAA